UGGUGGGGAAGACAUUUCCAGGCGGACAGGGAUUGUUUCCUGUUGUCCGCGAAGUUUUAACGAUCCGUCAACUAACGAUAUCCUCAUGCUGAGAAUCAAAUAAAUAUAUAUAAAUAACAGAGUACUAUGAAAUGACAGAAUUGUUCUCCGCGGCUAUACAAUGAUGUCAGGUUUACAUAUGAUUCGCAACGUUACAGAAAUGCACUUUAUCGGGUUUACAAUGACAAAGUAGCUAGCUAAGGCUGGCAUGUCUGAGUACUCAGUGUUAUUGAAGCACCUGCGUUGUUGAGUAUGUGGAGGACAGGUCGUGUCCUGAAUUUGAGGCUGGCAGGGAGAGAAGCAGCCAGACUCUGUUCCAGCAACCCACCAAAACCUUCACCCCCCUCUUCAUCUCAGUCAAAGUCUUCUCCACGACCCCAAGCAGAGAAACAGAGGCGCAGACGAGAGAGAGAGGAGGCCAUACUGUCAAGUCAACACAGAACUACUGCAAAUGAAGAAUUGAAAUGGAGUGAGAAGCAGAAGAUAGCAUACACCACUCAGACACCUCCUGGGACAAAGAAAGACACCAGCUUGCUGUUCCCAUCCGCGUACAUUCCAGAGUAUGUGGAGUCCAGCUGGUAUCAGUGGUGGGAGAAAGAGGGAUUCUUUAGUCCAGAGCAACAUGAAAGGAGAAGAGAUCUACCACCAGCUGAGAAGGCUCGGAGCUUCUCUGGACUGGAGCAGAGCGUGUUUCACUAUGGAUCCA